CACUCAAUCUCAAUCUAUUUCCGCGGACGCUUCAUAUCAGAUUCAGUAGAUUUACAAUGAUAGAACAUUUCUUAAACACCGAUAAAUAAUUUAUGUUCAGUUUUUAACACAUAUUUUAACAUAUACACCAUUAUAAUAAAGAUGAUAUAGGCACUACUCCCUUUCAAAUAAUGCUAUUUAUAAAAAAUUGAUAUUUUAAAUUUUCCAGAAAUAAAAAAAUUAUGUAAAAAUGCCUCGUGAAAGUUCUGGAUUACUCGGUGAUAUAGAUAAGAAACAAGUGGGAAACAUGCAACAGCUAAUUAGUGAACAAACCCUUCAUCAGUUAAAACAUCUCGCUGGACCGAUGGCUCUUUUGAUAACUUUGAUGAUCUAUACUGCUCUCGGUGGUUUGAUUUUUAGGCAAUUAGAACUACCUUCAGAAAUUUUGAGAUUGGGAAGAAUUAGAGCUGAAAUCAUAGCGGAGAGAAAUCACCUAGUUAAUCAAAUUCUGGAUGAUCGAAACACAAUUAAUCUCCUGGACGUGAUUGAAUUAGAGUUGUGUUCUUACGAAAAUACACUGCAAAAAGCCGCUCAGGGAGGAUUUAUAAUCAAUCCAGCAUUUGACUCUCCAAAAAAUUCAAACAAUGAAAACAUCAUUGAACGAUCAUCUGUCAUCACCGAGCGAUGGAGUAUACUUCAAGCAAUAUUUUUUGCCAGUACAGUACUCACAACAAUCGGCUACGGAAAUGUUGUCCCUUCCACCCACUGGGGGAGGGUAUUUUGCAUAUUUUAUGCUUUCGUUGGAAUACCACUGACACUGACUGCAAUUGCCGCAUGGGGUAAACUUUUUGCUGAAAUAGUGACAAACCUCGGAGACAGAAUAAGAACCAAAUUCCCUCCCUUCACAACCCAUUUGAUUCCGAAGAAUAUAACAGGUCGCAGGUCUUUAGGAGCUUUGGCUGCAGUUGCACUUCUCUUCAUUUAUUUAUCCUGUGGAGCUGCGAUGUUUAUGCUAUGGGAAGAUGAUUGGGAUUUUUUCGACGGCUUCUACUUUUGGUUUGUAACAAUGACAACCAUUGGUUUUGGAGAUCUUGUACCAAAGAAACCAAAAUACAUGCUUCUGUGCUCUUUGUACAUUCUUGUGGGUUUAGCUCUAACAGGCACUAUAAUUGAACUCAUAAGGAUGCAAUACAAUCAAUCUUGGCAACGAUUGCAAGCUCUGCGGGGGCCUUUAAUCGAGGCGCUAAAAAAAAUGGGAGAACAAGCCGGAGGUGAUAUGUCAGCGUUGCAAUUAGAUUUGAAAAAAGUAUUGGCAGUUGUAUCACUGCCAAAACUUGGAAAACCAAAUGGUAAAGAUAUGAAGAAUGUAGAGUGGAAAGAAGCUGUUCAGGCUGUACUGAAGGAAAUUGAAGAAUCUGCAAUCCACAAUCAACAUAAAAAAAUUGUACGAAUUGUCAUCUAUGAAUCUAGUGUUUAAAUUACAGGUAGAAAGUCGGAUGAGGGCUGUCCUAUUAGUGUGUAGUGUAUUUGUCACAUAACACAUGUAAUGAUAACACAUCAAAUUUAAAAAAAGUGAAGAAUUUGGAAAUUGUUAAAUUGUAAAAAUAUUGUUUUAAAAUCUUAUAG